AUGGCGUCACCGUUGGUCUCAGCUGCAUACUGUGUCCGCAGAGCAUCUUCGAUUUGGAGAUCCUGUGGGCCACAACUACUGAGAGCGGUUCACGGAAGCACUUCCAUCCAGAAACCAUUCAUACGAGCCAUCGCGCAGCCAUCUUUGAGGCUUCGUCGUGAGUUCCAUGCCUCUUCUAUUGCUCAAAAUAAAAAUAGACUCGAUAAGGAAAGACUCAACUUGGAAACGCUCGCCAAACAGGUCCAGAACGCAUCUCCAGAGGAUAAGGCCAGACUAGCUCCGCAGCUCAAGGAACAGGAGGAGAAUUUUUUAGAGUUAUGUAUGGAACACAAUAAAGAGGUCUUGAAGCUUGUUCCUAUCCCCGUCAAGGAUGGAGAGACACUUCAGGGCGGAGAGAGGUUGGAAAGAUUGUCCAACUAUGUGGCUGCUCGUUAUCCUGAGGAAGUCCACUGGGGCUAUGAGAUCGUUGAAGAUGACCUUGGCGAGAAGCUUGCUGGUGAUCUUGCCGCAGAAUACCCUAGUCCGGACCCACUUACCAAAGAGGAGACACACGCCUUCUUGGUAGCCUACUUCAGAAUCGUCAACGGGAUGAGUGCUCCUAAAGAUGUCGAAUUCCUGAACGAAACUAUCCAGACCUUGUACAAUCUUUACAAUGAAAAUGGUGACUUGGAUGAACCUCUCAUCAAGACUGACUUGGACUCCCAACUCGUUGCGCAGUGGGCUCUGGUCUUCAAAACCAUCCACGAUAUCCCACAGAAAACAGAAAACAGCGAGUUCAUCAAACUUUCUGAUCUCGUCGCCAAACUCAGCGAAAAUGCCAUGGAAACUGGUGCUUCCCACCAGCAUGAAUCCCAAGCAAAGUCAGCCAAGGACAACAAGAACGGUAAGGACGACAAAGGAGAUAAGAACACUCUCUUUUUGUCAUUUGAUGUCAGCAAGAGAACUAUGCAGCUUUUCCUUUUGGGUGUCAUGGGUGGUUUGCUCAUGGUAUUAUUCUAUGCGGGUGCAGAAUCAGAGCACGAGAUCACUUUCCAAGAGUUCAGCGCCAAUUUCUUGCGUCAAAACUUGGUUAGCAAAAUUCGUGUUAUCAACAAUCGUACCGCCAUCGUCGAAUUAAAUGAAAACGGCAAGACUAGAUACUCUGGUCCAGGAGACUACUAUUUCUCUAUCGGAAGCGUUGAGACUUUCGAGAGAAAUUUGAAGGCAGUACAAAAGGAGUACAAUAUCCCAGAACCACUCAGAGUUCCUGUGGUGUACGUCAAUGAGGGCUCAAUGGCCAAGAUGCUAGUGAACUUUUUGCCAACAUUGUUGUUCCUUGGUGCCAUCUACUACAUGACUAAGAAAGCCAGCAUGGGUGGCAUGGGCGGCCCAAUGGGCUUCGGGAAGUCAACAGCUAAGAAGUUCAAUCAGGAAGCCAACGUCAAGACAAAGUUUAAGGACGUGGCAGGUAUGGACGAGGCUAAAAUGGAAGUUAUGGAAUUCGUCAAGUUCUUGCAAAACCCUGCUAAGUACGAGAAGCUUGGUGCCAAGAUCCCUCGUGGUGCUAUCUUGUCUGGCCCACCAGGUACUGGUAAGACUUUGAUUGCGAGAGCCACAGCUGGAGAGGCCAAUGUGCCCUUCUUCUCCGUGUCUGGUUCAGAGUUCGUUGAGAUGUUCGUCGGUGUAGGUGCCUCUCGUGUGAGAGAUUUGUUCAAGACUGCCAGAGAGAAUGCUCCCUCUAUUGUUUUCGUGGACGAAAUUGAUGCCAUUGGUAAGCAAAGAUCCAAGGGUAAAGCUAGUGGUGCCAACGACGAGCGUGAAACUACUUUGAAUCAAUUGUUGGUCGAAAUGGAUGGAUUUGAUACCACCGAUCAUGUCGUUGUUUUGGCUGGUACUAACAGACCAGAUAUUUUGGACAAAGCCUUGUUGAGACCUGGAAGAUUCGACAGACACAUCUCUAUUGACAACCCAGAGUUAGAAGGCAGAAAAGAUAUUUUCCGUGUUCACUUGAGAAAGAUCGCCCUUGCAGAAAAUAUCGACAAAGAUUUGGCCGGUCGCUUAGCUACCUUGACUCCUGGUUUCUCUGGAGCAGACAUCGCUAACGUUUGUAAUGAGGCAGCUUUGAUUGCUGCUAGAUUCAAUGCCAAGGCUGUUACUCUCAGACACUUCGAAUUGGCCAUUGAAAGAGUCAUUGGUGGUGUUGAGAAGAAAUCUAAGCUUUUGGGACCAGAGGAAAAGCGCAUUGUUGCAUAUCACGAAGCGGGACAUGCCGUCUGUGGCUGGUUUUUGGAGCACGCUGUUCCUUUGCUUAAGGUAUCGAUUAUUCCUAGAGGUCAGGGAGUUUUGGGUUACGCCCAAUACUUGCCCGCUGAUCAGUACUUGAUGUCGACCUUCGAUCUCUACGAUCGUAUGGUCAUGACUUUGGGAGGCCGUGUAUCUGAGGAGUUGAACUUUUCUUCAGUUACCAGUGGUGCACAUGAUGACUUCAAGAAGGUCACCAACAUUGCCCAAUCGAUGGUGUUACGCUUUGGAAUGUCUCCAAAGGUUGGAAUGGUCAAUUACGCCGAUACAAAGAGCCAGGAAUCCCUCGCCAAACCUUUCAGUGACCACACCAACAAGAUCAUUGACUCAGAGGUCAAGAGAAUUGUUCAAGAAUGUCACGACAGAUGUAAGCAAUUAUUGACCGAGAAAUCCAACGAAGUCGAAAUUGUUGCCCAAGAGUUGUUGAAGAAAGAAUUCAUUACGAGAGAGGACAUGAUUCGUUUAUUGGGCAAGCGCCCAUUCCCCGAGAAAAAUGACGCUUUUGACAAGUAUCUCGCGGGCAAUGACGCUUUCAAGAAUGAGCAGCCUAAGGAAGAAAAGAAGGAUGACGAGUAG